GGUCCCCGACCGCCUCUUGUCCUCUUUUCCCCUCCAUGCAUCCCACCCUGCUCUGGAUUUACUAGGAGGCUUCUGAAAAGCUCACUUUCCAUCACGUUCCAGACAACUAGGUGCCCUGUCCCCCUGGAGAAGGCAGCAGCUUACUCUGAUUGAGCUCAAGGCUGGCCUGAGAGGAAGAUGGUUCAAGAAUGAUGGAGAUGAUAUUUCAGGGGGUGGUGGGCAAGCCAUGGCCAUCCUCCCACCUCACGUGGGCAGGCCCGACAUGGGCCCAGGGCCCAGGCGGGGGGCAGGCAAGCUUCCAGGAAUGUGGAAGCUACUGCUUCCUCUGACACUCCAGGGAGCAGCGUCAGAGAGGAGAAGGGCCUCAGUUCCAGACCUCUCCUGGUCUGCUCCUCCCCACCUCCCCCCUCGGAGGGGAGGCAGCAGGUCAGCGAUGGCAGAGAAAAGACCCAGAUGCCCUCGGGAGUGACGAGAACACCUGAAGCAGCAGGAUUCCGACUCUGCCCAGCUCCCCUUCAAAGAUGGGCUGGCGGGUGGCCAAAUGCUGGUCCCUGAAACUCGCAGCAGAGAGGUGUGGGCAUGGACGAGAGCUGGCGAAGUAGAGGAAAUGGACCAGGGGCCAGCAGCAAACCACAGCGAAGGGAGGGGGGCAGGCCAGCUUACAGCGACCUCAGUGGGCAGCAGGGCAUCCCAAUGCCCAGUGAACAAACAGUAACACACAAAUAUGCACGUGUGCACGCUGGCUCAAGCAGACAUGCCCCUUGGCUCACAACUCACGUGUACCUUCCAUGUGUGUAUAUAUAUGCACACACACACACACACACACACACACACACACGCAUACCCACUGAUGUGUGCACUCCAAAAGCCACGUACACAGAACAGCAUAACGGAAAGCUCAGGUAGCCUGGCAUGUAGAGCCAGCUCUGAGGCAAACCAGCUGUGUGAACCUGGGCCAACCUCCCGUCUCAUCUGGCCUCUUCCCUCGCGUACAGAGAAGGGAAAGUUGAAUGAGCCGGUCUGGAGUCCCAGUGUUAACAUUGGUGAUUUGUGCACAUACCGUUGCAUGCAGGGGCCCUCGUGCGCACGUAAGCGUACUCACUCAUCCGUGCCUGGACAACACUGCUCUGGGGCCCAGGGCUGCCUAGGAGCCGUGUUUCAUUCUCUCCCUGGCUCUCAGGCAUCCAGCAGAGCUGGCUUGUUGAGCCCCACUCUCCUGGGGUCUUCUCCAUACCCUGUCUGGACCCCACUCUGUGGACCCUGCUCCCUCUGCCCUUCCUGGAGCCUUCACUGCCCAGCUGAAGAUGGCUGGUGUCCCUACCUGGCCCCCAGGUGCCCCCUGCCUGCACAAAUCGAAGUGAUCCCUUGCAAAAUCUGCGGGGACAAGUCGUCCGGGAUCCACUACGGGGUCAUCACCUGCGAGGGGUGCAAGGGCUUCUUCCGCCGGAGCCAGAAUUGUAACGUGGCCUACUCCUGCACCCGUCAGCAGAACUGUCCCAUCGACCGCACGAGCCGCAACCGAUGCCAGCACUGCCGCCUGCAGAAAUGCCUGGCACUGGGAAUGUCGCGAGACGCUGUCAAGUUUGGCCGCAUGUCCAAGAAGCAGAGGGACAGCCUGCACGCUGAGGUGCAAAAACAACUACAGCAGCAGCGGGAGCAGCGGGAGCAGCGGGAGCAAGUGGCCAGGACCCCUCCCACAGGGGGCCAAGGGGCAGACCCCCGCCCCUGCACCCUGGGGCUCCCAGAUGGGCAGCUGCCCCUGGGCUCCUCACCUGACCUGCCCGAGGCCUCCGCCUGUCCCCCUGGUCUCCUGAGAGCCCCGGGCUCCGGGCCCUCUUACUCCCACAGCUUGGCCAAAUCCGGGCUCAACGGGGCCUCAUACCACCUCGAAUACAGCCCGGAGCGGGGCAAGGCUGAGGGCAGAGAGGGCUGCUACAGCACGGGCAGCCAGCUGACCCCUGACACAUGUGGACUUCAUUUUGAGCACCCCAGACAACCUGGGCUGGGGGAACCAGGGCAGGGCCCGGACAGCUACUGCAGCCCCAGUUUCCGCAGCACCCCAGAGGCACCCUAUGCCUCCCUGACGGAGAUUGAGCACCUGCUGCAGAACGUGUGCAAAUCCUACCGAGAGACGUGUCAGCUGCGGCUGGAGGACCUGCUGCGGCUUCGCUCCAACCUCUUCUCCCGGGAGGAGGUGGCCAGCUACCAGAGGAAGUCCGUGUGGGAGAUGUGGGAACGCUGUGCCCACCGCCUCACCGAGGCCAUCCAGUACGUGGUGGAGUUCGCCAAGAGGCUCUCGGGCUUCAUGGAGCUCUGCCAGAACGACCAGAUCGUGCUCCUCAAAGCAGGAGCCAUGGAAGUGGUGCUGGUGAGGAUGUGCCGGGCCUACAACGCCGACAACCACACAGUCUUUUUUGAGGGCAAAUACGGUGGCGUGGAGCUGUUCCGAGCCUUGGGCUGCAGCGAGCUCAUCAGCUCCAUCUUUGACUUCUCCCGCUCUCUGAGUGCCUUGCGCUUCUCCGAGGACGAGAUUGCCCUCUACACAGCCCUAGUCCUCAUCAAUGCCAGCCGGCCGGGGCUCCAGGAGAAAAGGAAAGUAGAACAGCUGCAGUGCAAUCUGGAGCUGGCCUUUCAUCACCAUCUCUGCAAGACUCACCGCCAAGGCCUCCUGGCAAAGCUGCCGCCCAAGGGGAAGCUUCGGAGCCUGUGCAGCCAGCACGUGGAAAAGCUUCAGUCGUUCCAGCAUCUCCACCCCAUCGUGGUCCAAGCUGCUUUCCCCCCACUCUACAAGGAGCUCUUCAGCACUGAAAUCGAGUCACCUGACGGACUGUCCGAGUGACCUGAAAGAGGGACUCCUUUCCCUUCCCCUCCCCAGCCUGCUGGCCCACCUCCCUGGGCCCCCUCCCACCCUCAGCCUUUUCCUUUCUCAUGCCCCCUGGAGCGUGGUCCCUGCCUAUUCUUUUGCGAGUGACCACGUGUGGAGACUGGUUUUCUGCCCAGGGCCUGCCUGGCAGUGGGCCGAGAGC